AUGGUGAUCGACUUUAGAACUUCAAAUACAUCUUCUUCUUCUUCUUGGUGGCUCAGAGGCAAGGUCAUAGGCAGAGGCUGCUUCGGCACCGUUAACCUCGCCGUCAACAAAUCCAACGGCGAUCAUAUCUUCGCCGUUAAAUCCGUUGGUCUUACCACUUGUAUCCCACGUCAGCUCGACUCGUUGGAAAACGAAAUCCAUAUCCUUCACUCUGUCUCAUCACCACACAUCGUGAGGUUCCUUGGCGAUGACGUGACCCAUGAAGAAACCGGGUCGUUCAGAAACCUUCAUCUUGAGUACAUGCCACGUGGAACUCUCGCUGACGUAGCGGGUCAAGACCUUGAAGAAGAUCUGAUCCGACGGUUCACGUGGUGUUUGGUCUCCGCGUUGAAAGACGUUCACACGUGCGGUUUUGCCCACUGCGAUGUGAAGGCAACCAACGUUCUACUUGGAGAAGAACCCGGUUCUGCUAAGCUCGCCGAUUUCGGUUCCGGUUUAGAUAUUCAAACAGGGUGCGAUGCUCAUAUGCUGCCACGUGGCAGUCCUUUGUGGAUGGCGCCGGAGGUCGUUCGAGGCGAAUGUCAAGGCCCCGAGAGCGACGUGUGGUCUCUCGGCUGUACGAUCAUCGAGAUGGUCACCGGAAAACCGCCGUGGAAUGACGUCGGAGCUGAAACUCUGAGAGUGAUCGGAUUCUCCGACGAGUUACCGAAGUUUCCGGCGAGGUUAUCGGAAACCGGCAGGAGCUUUCUGGAGAAAUGUCUGAGGAGAGAUCCGAGUGAGAGAUGGAGCUGCGAUCAGCUGUUGCGACAUCCUUUCCUCUCGUAUUCUGCUUUGUCGGAAUCUCCGCGGCAUGUUUUGGACUGGGUCGACUUGGAAGAAGAAGAAGAAGCAGUGGUGAGUGAGUCAGUGCCCGAGUCGAGUUUCGCCAGGGAGAGGAUCGGUACUUUAGCGAGGAGUAGAGGGGUAAUUUGGGAAUCUGAUGGUUGGUUGGUGGUUAGAGGUUCGGAGACACGUCAGCUUGUUCCUGAUUCUUCAUGUACGGAACUGGUAACGGUGAGGAACUCGAGAAGUUCAUUGUGUAGUUGUCAGCCACCGUGGCAAAUAGUUAAAGUGGAGAUGACGUUUUGUCCAAUCAAUGUUGGAUAUCUGUGGUGGCAAGAUUGUAAAUACGUGAAAGCUAAACGUACGGACGUGAAUGUACCGCCGCAAUGUUGCGGUUGUGGUGUGUCUCAGAACACGGGUUUGGAUAUAGCCGACUUAGCGAUAAUAGUCGCAUGUAGUAUGUUAUUUUCUACAGAGAAGAUGACGAGCACUGAGCCAGAGCACGAGCACCGGGAAGAGGAGGCCGAAGUACACGAUGAUGAGGACACUGGAGCUCAGAAAGCUCCGCCGAUCUUCAGGCUUGAGGAAGUUGCAGUCACCACCGGCGAGGAAGAUAAAGUCGCCGUCCUCGAAAUGUUAUGUACUCAUUCUCUUGCUCCGUUUUGUAUAAUCUCUCAUAUGAUAUCUGAUCCUCAAGAAAUCGAAGCUUAAAGAAGGGAAACAAUGGAAGGAGAGAGGAGCUGGAACUGUUAAGCUGCUGAAGCAUAAGCAUACUAGCAAGUUUCGUCAGGGAUGACGAGUGUUCAAUUUGGGAAUGACAAGUCGUGUUUGUGGCACGCUACUGAUUUUUCAGACGGCGAGUUGAAGGAUGAGCUCUUCUGCAUAGGUUUGCGUCUAUUGAGAGUAAGUGUACUUGUAGAAUCUUUGAGUUUUUAUCCAUUAGGUUUAGCCAUCACCGUCCUGUUUUGUGAUCGGAGAUGUAUAUGUUCAAGUAGUAAUCUUCUGCAUUAGAUUUGCGUCUAUUGA